GGGUGACCCGGUUUCCCAACAGUCGGCAAGUUUCAAAGCUUCGUCUGCGGUUUAGGAAGUCCUCCCUCUCUUCACGGCCCUCCUACUACUCCCCACCCCCAGCACAGCGACGCAUCACCGCGGGAAGCACGCACCGGCUUAGGCAUCGCAAGCUCCCUAGUCCCCUUCCCACCCCACACGGCGAGAUCUUGGUCUGAUCUCGCUAGCGCGUGGUCAGAUCCACCACACCCGCUCACCAAGCCAUCGCGCGGCGGAGACCCGAUGUCGGCGGCGGUCGAGGAGCAGAUGGUAGUGAAAGCGAUCCGGGAGGAGUGCCCGUGGGAGUCCCUUCCCAAGCGUCUCCAGUCCACUCUCCACACCAAGGACGAGUGGCACCGCAGGAUUGUGGAUUAUUGCAUCCGAAAACGAUUACAAUGGAAUACCUGCUUUGCCCGUCGAGUUUACAGGGAAGGGGAAUACUAUGAAGAAAUGAUGCGCUAUCUCCGGCGCAAUCUUGCAUUAUACCCAUACCAUCUUGCAGACUAUAUGUGCCGAGUAUUGAGGAUCUCACCAUUCAGAUAUUACUGUGACAUCCUGUUCGAAACUAUGAAGAACGAACAACCAUAUGAUAGUAUUCCAAACUUCACUGCUGCUGAUGCCCUAAGGCUGACUGGUAUUGGCAGAAAUGAAUUUAUUGAUAUUAUGAACAAAUGCAGAUCAAAGAAACUAAUGUGGAAGCUGAACAAAUCAAUCGCAAAAGAUUUACUGCCUACACAGCCUGUUGACUUCCCAAUCGAGCCUUGGUGGGGAGUUUGUCUGGUUAACUUUACAUUGGAAGAGUUCAAGAAACUUUCAGAAGAAGAAACAGCAACCAUAGACAAAAUCUGCAAAGAGGAAGCCAAUUCAUACGUUCUUUUUGAUAUGAAGAUUAUAGAUGACCUCUAUAAAAGAGGGUUAGUGUACUUUGAUGUGCCUGUUUACACUGAUGACCGCUUCAAAGUUUCUAGGCUUGAAGGCUUUGUUUCUAACAAGGAUCAAUCCUAUGAAGACCCAAUCGAAGAGCUACUUUAUGCUGUAUUUGUUGUGUCAAGUGCUAAUGCUACUGUUGCUGAACUGGCUGCAACUUUACAAGCUGACCUUUAUCAGCUGCAGGCAGCGGCAUCAUUUGCUUGCCGAUUGGGCUGGGCUGUAAAACUUGUGGAUGGUGACUCUGUAUUUAAAGACGAAGGUGAACCUCCAUCUCUCAGUAACAUUCUUAGUGAUGAUGAUGAAGGUUCAAAUGCAAGUAUCAACUCAGAAAAGUCCAAUCAACAGUUGCUUAGCAUCGAUACUAAUGGACCCAGGAGAAUAUCUGGGACAGCUCAUGUAGGUUUUGUUGUUGAUGCCAAUGUUACUUCAUACUUGAUGAUGGGUUCAUUGUCCCCAGGUCUAAAAUCUCAUGCUGUCACGCUGUAUGAAGCUGGAAAAUUAGGUGAUUCUUGCAUUGCGGAACUAUGCAGUGAUCUGGCUAGUUUAGAAGGAAAGAAAUUUGAGGGUGUGCUAGAGGAGUUUGCUAAUCAUGCAUUCAGUCUGCGGUGGUCCCUCGAGUGUUUAAAGUCCGGUGGAGUUUCUACCGAUGAUAGUACUGAUAAAGAUGGUGAAACAAUGACUCCAACAAAUUUAUUGCAUGAAAAUGUUACAGCCCAUCUGGCCAAUGCAAACAUCGAGGAAAGAGCUGAGGAUGGCCUUGAUAAAGUGCCCCAGGAUAACUGCUCUACUGGUGUUUUAGAUAAUAAAGAUGAGAAUAUAUCAUCAGUGUCAAUGGGUUUACCAGAACGUGGGGAAAACAUGGUUAGAAUUGAGGCUCAGAAUGACUCAACUGGCACCAAUGUGUUGAUGAUAAAAAGGAAGUACAGUGUUGAUGUCCUCCGAUGUGAGAGCCUUGCUUCACUUGCUCCAGCAACACUAGAACGGCUAUUUCUCCGUGACUAUGACAUUAUUGUGUCAAUGGUUCCUCUUCCUUCUUCAUCAGUUCUUCCUGGUCCUUCAGGCACGAUUCAUUUUGGUCCACCCUCUUAUUCUGCGAUGACACCUUGGAUGAAGCUAGUAUUGUAUACUGCAGGCCAUUCUGGACCACUAUCUGCUGUUUUCUUGAAAGGACAACGCUUCAGAUUGCUUCCUGAACCAUUAGCUGGUUGUGAAAAAGCACUGAUAUGGUCUUGGGAUGGCUCUAUGGUUGGUGGACUAGGAGGGAAGUUUGAAGGGAAUUUGGUCAAGGGCAAUCUACUCUUACAUUGCUUGAACUCGAUGUUGAAGCAAUCUGCCGUGUUAGUGCAACCGCUUAGAAUAGAUGAUCUUAGCGCAUCAGGAAACCUUGUCACAGUAGAUAUCCCUUUACCCCUGAAGAAUGAUGAUCAUUCAAUUGCAUCUGUGGUAGCUCAAGCGAAUUUGCCAAAGGAACAGGUCUUUAAUUUGACCUCAGUACUGAAAGACCUAUCCAGUAAAUUUCAGUUGACCACACUUGGCUACCUUCGUCUAUUAAGACUUAACAAUCUUGUCGAAUCGGAUAAGUUUCACCCAGAAAAUGCAAGUUACCAGUGGGUGCCCUUGAGUUUGGAGUUUGGAAUUCCCUUGUUCAAUCCAAACUUAUGUGAGAGGAUUUGUGAAAGGGUGGUUGCGUCUCGUAUACUUCAGAAAGAUGAUCUCACUGAACAUUAUGAUGUGAUGCAAAAUGUAAGGAGGCGUCUCAGAGAACUUUGUAGUGAAUAUCAAGCAACUGGACCAGUAGCUAAGUUAUAUAACAAGAGGGGAAACUCAAAGGAUCUACCUCGCACUUUAAUCAAUAGUAUUAGUAGCAGAUGGGAUCCAGCAAAUGAUCCUUCAGCACCAACCAACACAAGAACCCCAAGUGAACACGAGAGGCUAAAACUUGCUGUCCGACAGAGAUGCGGCACAGAAGUUGUGGGCUUUGAUGGGAGGACUGUCAGGUCAUAUUCACUCUCUCCGGAGCAGGACGAGGCUACCACCAAACACAUCUCUGACGAACAGUCAUCCACCCAUGAAGGAAAGCCAGAUCAAGAAGAUGCACACAGCAAGGAUGUAACCUUGCCAGGACUAAACCUUAUCUUUGACGGAGUUGAAUUACACCCCUUCGAUAUUGGUGCUUGUCUUCAAGCACGCCAACCUCUCUGGUUGAUAGCUGAGGCAUCAACAGUUUCAUCAACCCUCAUAUGAUGCGUCCAUGUGGUCAUCUCGCUUUUGCCCCAAUAUCUCCGUCUAUGCUGGUAAAUCAGAACUGAAACUGUUGCAACUAAUGCUUCUCGAAAGGCUUAUUUCAUUAAUCUUGACUCUUGAGGGAAUAUUUUGUUGUACAAAGGGUUCGGUGCGGUUUGAUGUGCCAUGUGAGCAUGUGGUGAGCUGAUGUCUUUCACAAUGACCAGACAUUGCUCGGAGAUUGCA